AUGGAUUCCCCAAUAGAGCUAACUGUUCAUCAUCAUGGCGCUCCGCAUAUCAUUCAAGUCUCUUCUUCAGCGACCUUACAAGACCUCUCUUCCCAAAUCGCAAGCGUCCUGAACAUCCCAAUCGAGAAUCAAAAGCUUCUCAUAGCCCCGAAACCAGGCAUGCAAAAAGCGCCAUUCCCGCCGACACGCCUCGACACAAUCCUCCAAACCACCUCUCCCAAAUUCAAGAUCACACUUCUUGGAGCCCCCGCCAAAGCAAUCGCAGACCUUCACGAACAAGCUGCCAGUGAAAAACAGCGCCAGGAAUCGCGGGCGUCUGCUAUGGCAGCUGCAAGACGCAACAAGCAAACACCCUCAAGCCGCAGUGGUGGCGUCCAUACGAUUUCCUCGUCAAGCAACAACUACACAUUCCACCGUCUCCUUCCACUCUCAUAUCUCCCCAACCCAGACCGCUCCCUGGACUUCCUCAAGCGUCUUCGCGAUGACCCAGGCAUUCGCGCUGCAAUGGCAAAGCAUAAGUUCUCCGUUCCGCUUCUUACGGAAAUGAACCCGGCCGAACACACGACUAGCGAAUCACGGACGCUAGGUCUGAACCGGAAUAAAGGCGAAGUCAUCGAGUUGCGGCUGCGGACAGAUGCCUAUGAUGGGUAUCGUGAUUAUCGAACUAUAAGAAAGACGCUGUGUCACGAGCUCGCACAUUGCGUUUUUGGACCUCAUGACCGUGACUUCUGGGACUUGACAUCCCAAAUAGAGAAGGAGGUUGAGCGUGCGGACUGGAAGUCUGGCGGAAACCAGUUGUCCAGUCAGGAAUUUUACAACCCUGGUGAUUGGGACAGUUUACAAGAUGGAGAGGAGUUUAUGGAUGAGUGUGGAUGGACAGGCGGCGAGUUUGUCCUAGGUGGAUUGCAGGGUGAUUCGGCAUCGCCGCAGUCCGGUGGUGGGACGCUUUCUCGUAGAGAGAUCAUGGCGCGUGCUGCGGAGGAGAGAAUGAAAAGGGAGAGCCAAGCGAGGAAGCAGGAUGAUGCUACGUGA